AUGAGGAGCGGCGGAAGUGGCUUCGCUCUGGAAGCGCCCGGUGUAGCUAUGGCAGGAGCUGGUCGCGGAGCCGUGGCUCCUGCGGGGUUGGCGGGGCCUGGGAGCUCCGGAAGGCCCCAGGCGCGGCAGCAGCGACAGAAGCAACCUCGGGGGCAGCAUAGCUCGGCCUCGCGGCCGGGGCAGCGCGGGAGGGAAAAGAAGAAAGUGAAUUGCAAGCCCAAGAACCUGGAUGAACAGGAAAUCCCUUUUCGACUCCGAGAGAUUAUGAAGAGCCGCCAGGAGAUGAAAAAACCGCUCAGUAACAAGAGGAGAAAGAAGGAGGCCCAGGUGACCUUCAAGAACACGUUGGAGAUGGAAGCUAAGGGAGUGGAGCCUGAUAUCCCUGUCCCCAAGUUCACGCAGAUGAAGGGGGAGUCUACUGGGGCUUACAUCCAGCGCAUGGAGCAGGAGACACGGCAUGUGUUGUUUCUUAGCAAGAACCAGGGCAGCCAGCAGCCAGAGAUGCAGGCAGCUCCCAAGAAGAAGUCUGAGCGGAAGAAAGCGUUCCAGAAGCGGCAACUAGAUAAAGCUCGGCAGAAAAAGGAGGAGAAGGCAAUGGAGAGGCUGGAACAGGAACUGCUGCAAGACACUGUGAAGUUUGGAGAAGUUGUUCUACAGCCCCCGGAGCUGACCGCCCAGCCCAGAAGGAGCAUAAACAGAGACCAGCCUGGCAAGAAGUCGCUGAUGCUGAGGAAGCUCUUGAACCCUGGCGGCAUGUCUCAGCCUCUGACCACCUCACUGGCACGGCAGCGAAUCCUUGGGGAGGAGCGGGAACGGGCUGUGAAGGCCUACAGAGCCCUAAAGAAGCUGCAGCAGCAUCAGGGGCCACCUGCUCAGCCACCUGGUCCUGCUUCCUGGAGGAAGUCCAAGGUGCAUCUGUGAUGGACAGACUUGGGAGCCACCUUGGGGCUGCUUUGCUACAUAGGGGAGAGGCAGUAGAUUCAUGGACAGGGGCCUGCACUUCGGACUCUCUCAGUGUAGGAGAGUCUCCAGGUCUUUCUCUUUUCCUCCCUUAAAGACUGCCAUUUCACAAGUGACCAUGGCAGUCCUAUAUCUUAUACAGAGCAAGUGCCCCUUAGAUUGAGACCAGUGCCUGACCGACACACAGCCAGUAGGGCCAAUGUCUUGUUCCCUGAGCUUAACUUCAUUCCAAAACAGAAACAUCUUGGCUGAGACAACUCAGAGCCCCUUUAGGAAGGACUCAAUCCCAAAAUCCUGACUCUAAACACCGGUUGAACUGGUGGAGUGGCUCAAGUAGUAAAGCGCCUUGCCUAGCAAGCGAGAGGACCUGAGUUCAAAUCCCAGUACCACCAAAAAAAGAAAAAAGAAAAAGAAAUGGAUUAUAAACACCAGUCAGUUGUUGAAACUGCUAAUGUAGGUUAGCCCAGUAUCUGAAGAAGCGAUCUAGGCAGGGCCAGGGGCCAGGCAGAGCAGGUAGGAAGGACAAUAGAUGAGUAGACAGACCACAGGACAGGGCGAGUGGGUAGCACCUAGACCACGUAAGUGUCUGCACAGAGGACAAAAGUCCCAGCCCACUUGUUAGCAUCCCCGCAGAGGCAAGGAGAGCCCUGGCCCAAGUUUGGUUUGAAUGGAGACAUGACCACUCACACACCAGGAGGGUAGGAGCAGGUCUGUGCCCCAAGUAGCAGGUCUCUUUGGGAGAAGCAGUGUAAGCCUAUUGAGAGGGGACAAGGAUCAGAACCUGUCUGGGUUGGACUUUUUGGAGUGCAGAAGUGGUGAGCACUCAUGUUCUGCCAGAGUUGAGUUUUCACCUGUGGCAAAGGAGGAACUGCGCAGCUGUCAGCUCCAGAUGAGUGAGGGCUGUAAGAGGUAGGGCUUACAAUUCAAAUCAGACAUCAAGAAAAGAUGGUGCUCAUCACACCAUGCUGGGGAAGUUUUGGGGUCUCCCCAGGGUCAUGCCUCUGCAAAGCUGGUCUCAGGGAACUCUGCUAAUACCAUUUACUCCAGUGCACUCUGAAAUGCUGACGUUUGGUGUGAUCUUUGGAUUUCCAAAAUGAAGUUUAUUUUUAUUAAAUUUUUGCUACUUUGAAAUCAGGCCUUGAAUUGACUUUUGCCACCCUGUGACUCACUGGUGGCUUCAGCCAAUGUCAGGGUAAUUGGGGAUGAGUGUCUGCUUGGAGUUAUACCUGGCAGCACUGAGGGCCCAGACAGGCCAGAGACAUGCCAAGUCGGACUGCAUUUGCUAUCCCAGUUUUUACUUGUUUCAGGACAGUGUAGAGCCAGGGCACAGCGCCUCUGUUGACCACAGUGCAGGCUUUGUGUCCUUCUCAGAGGCAAUGUGACUUAAGACACCUGAUUUACAGCCUCUGGCCAGCUGUCUUGAACUGUAGGACUCUGGUUAUUAUUCCCUGCCUCCUGGAAGCCUUCCCCCUGUGAAUCUUGGCAGAACACUGCUCCCCUCCCUUGGUUCUGAUGGCCGUGUGGAAGCCCGUCUGCUGGUGCAUGUGUCCUGUGGAUUUCUCCACUCUUCCUGCUUCUGGAUGGAAAGAUGCUCCAGGCUUGGGGCCUGAUACCUGCAACUGUUCUGGCUCUGAUACCUGAGCCCUCUUGCCAUCCCCAAACCAGUCUGGGAAUACUGAUGGCCAGGUGGUGGCAUUAGCAGCGGGAUGUCAGCACAGACUGAGGGUGCCUUGAGGUGUCUACGUGGAAAUCUGGGGUCUGGGUGGUGGAAAAGGCAGGAGACCUAUAGGAUCCCCCAGUCUUCCCACUUUCUGUGCCUUGGCCAAAAAAGAGUGCCUUGACCUUCCUGUGACCAACUUGCAAGUUGAGUCCAAGUUGGUCCUUGAACAUUCCCAUGCUCUGAUAAAGGUGUUUUUAGGGGGCUGGUGGUGUGGCUCAAGUGAUAGAGCUCCUGCCUGGCAAGCUCGAUGUCCUGAGUUUAAACCACACUACCACCGGAAAAAAAAAAAAAAAUGUGUUUAGGUUGUCGCAAACAUUAAAAGAGCCUGGUGUGGCCGAGAGCCCAAAUUCCUUAAAUUCUCACCUACAUUCCAUCCCAUCCUCUGGCUGGGAUAUACCAGGUAAUGCAUCCCUUUUCUCUGCCUAUGGGAAGAUGAGCUCAGCACUCUGGGUGCCCCUAAAAUGUGCUUUGGAUGGGUCACCUGUUCAUGCUUCUCUCUUUGGCUUUUGAGUUUUGUUUUUGAGAUAGGGUUUUAUGACAUAACCCAGGCUGGCCUUGAACUCC